AUGGAGGAUGAUAUGGCUCAUAUACACACAGGAAAGAAGCCUUACUCCUGCUCUGACUGUGGGGUGAGUUUAGCUCGACUGGAUACCUUAAAAACACACCAACGUAUACAUACGGGAGAGAAGCCUUACUACUGCCCUGACUGUGGGGAUAGUUUCUCUCAAAUGAGCAGCUUAAAAGCACACCAACAAAUACAUACAGGAGAGAAGCCUUACUCCUGCUCUGAUUGUGGGAAGAGGUUCUCCCGAUCGGAUACCUUGAAAUCACAUGAACGUAUACAUACAGGAGAGAAGCCUUACUACUGCUCUGACUGUGGAAAACGUUUCUCCCGAUUGGAUAACUUGAAAUCACAUGAACGUAUACAUACAGGAGAGAAGCCAUACUCCUGUUCUGACUGUGGAAAAUGCUUCAAAACAUUAACUGAGCUAAAAGUACAUCAGAGAACACAUACAGGAGAGAGGCGUUACUUCUGCUCUGACUGUGGAAAAUGUUUUAAAACAUCAACUGAGCUAAACCUUCAUCAGAGAACACAUACAGGAGAGAAGCCUUACUUCUGCUCUGACUGUGGGAAGAGUUUCUCCCGAUUGGAUUCCUUAAAAACACAUGAACGUAUACAUACAGGAGAAAACCCUUACUCCUGCUCUGACUGUGUAAAAUGCUUCAAAACAUCAACUGAGCUAAAAGUUCAUCAGAGAACACACACAGGAGAGAAGCCUUAUUACUGCUCUGUCUGUGGAAAAUGUUUUAAAACAUCAAAUGAGCUAAAAGUUCACCAGAGAACACACACAAGAGAGAAGCCUUACGUCUGCUCUGGCUGUGGCAAGAGUUUCUCUCACCAGAGCAACUUAAAAACACACCAACGUGUACAUUAAGGAGAAAAGCCUCAUCAGUUCUCUGACCAGCUAAGAAUAAAGUCACUCCAUCACUUAAUUCAUCUCAUAAAAGAAGUUGUAACGUUGAAUUGGAUCAAAUGAAGAAAGUAUAGAACACUAUUGUAAUCCUAUUGUUUCUCACUGUGAGAGAACUGUCCAGAGGAAAGGGAGCAUUACAUAAUGUUAGCCUCUCUUUACUUUACUGAUCAGUGUGCACCUUGUCAGUUUUAGUGUGCUUUGUUUUGUUAGCUUCUACUGUAAAGAUGUGCACUUAGUGUUGACCCUCUGUGAGGCUUCUCAUUUUGAUUUGAGAUUUGUCAGACACUAGUCUGACAAUUGACUAGGUGGUACUGCUUCCCUCUCAGCCUGGUCUGACUCUGUCUGUGCGGAGAGUUUCAACUGGGCAGCUUAAAAACACACCAACAUUUACACGUAGGAGAGAAGCCUUACUCCUGCUCUGUGGUAGGAUGGGCGUGUAACUCAAACGUCUAGCCAAAGGUUGCGUUUUUGAAUCUCAUCACAGAGGACUUUAGCAUUUUAGCUAAUUAGCAACGUGGUUACAUGUGAUCUGCAGUUGUGAGGCCGGUUGGAUGUACUGCAAAAUU